CAUAGUAAGUAUCGGAAAUACACGAAGGGAAUUGUUUCACUCGUGUAACGUUCCUUCCGGACUGAACCAACCGGAAACCGCCCGCUUAUAACUUUUGUCUUCGCUGUUGCAAAUCGAUUAGAAAUAUCAAACAUCAUGUCGGGCUCAUCAAACAUUGUUGCGAUGAAGAAAGUCGUUCAGCAGUUGCGCUUCGAAGCAAACAUCAACAGAGUAAAGGUUUCUCAGGCGGCUGCAGAGCUUCAGCAGUUCUGCAUUCAGAACGCCCUACAAGAUCCUCUGCUGACCGGUGUGUCUUCCAGCACCAACCCCUUCAGGACACAGAAGGUUUGCUCCUUCUUGUGAGGGUCCAUGAUGGGCAUCUGCCAUUGGCUUUUUCCUGUUCCUGUGACAUUUCUGCUGGGAAA